AUUAAGAUGGAAAAUAACAAAAGUUACACAAACUCAAAAAAGAUCAACAAAGUCAAUUGAGACGACAUUAGAAGGCUAGCAUUACAAGACCUGAACUCUAGUAGAUCUGGAAGAUGUAGGUCAAGCCUUCCUGACAGAAGACAAACCAGCUUUAUGGGCCUUGAAGACUCUUUCACUCCAGAAAAGUCAGUUCUCUUUGAAGUUGAAUCUUACCGAAGAUGACAAGAGUUAAAUCUAGAGCCACGGUCUUCACUCUGCCCUCUGAGAAACGGGAGUAGAUUGGGAGAAAUUGUCAUGCCAGCUCUUCCAAAAUCACCACCACUAGGGAAAUAUAGUGGAGUCAUAAAGAAAUUUUAUGAUGUCUCUGACCAAAAAGGUUCAAGCAAAUGAAGAGGGUUAGUUAUUCUUAACAAUAAAAGUAUUGAUUUGUUCACCAUCCUAGAACCAAAGAUUUUAAAAUCUAAUGGAAAAGGGCGAAACAGCCUAAACGUCUCAAGCAAAGGAGGAAAGAAAUUAAGAUCUAUACAAGUACUCAAGCUGAGGAAAAAGAGCAAGCUAGGCGCAUGCAAACUAUUAAUGAAGGAUAGCACUUUACUCACCAGCAAAACUCCAUCUUGUCCUGAUCACCGAAGGAUGAAAAUACUCAGAAAGAGUAUCAUAAUGAUCAACCCGAAGAGGUCUCAAUUGCCAUCCAAAACUCCUGCAAAGCAGACUAAGAGCUGAGCUAAAAAGCCACAAUAUUUUUUUACAUUUAAUCCUUCCUCUCUCUAAAUUCUUUAAACUAGAAUAAAUUAUGAA